UUGUCUGCCAUGUCAUCAAAGGAGGACGAGCUUGUCGACUUGCAGAAGCGGUUCUCGCUGCUGCAGGGCGACCUGAAGGCCUAUGUCGAGGCUGCUAUGUGGACCCAGAGCCACAACUCGGAAACGAUCAAGGCGCUGCGGGCCGAGAACAAGAAGCUCCGCGACGACCUUGGCCGCGUGCGCAAUCUUGAGGACAAUUACUCGAUGACUCAAAGCCUCAAGGAAGAGGUCAAGCGCGCUGACAAGGCCCAGGCUGCGCUCCGCAAGCGGCACGAUCUCAAGCACGCAGAAGCCGACCGCAUGGACUCACGCCUCGAGUCGCUCAAGGACCGACUGGAGGUCAUGUCCCGCGAGGCGGCACGUGCGCUCAACCACGACUCGAGCGAGUCGCAGGCCAUUCGCCGGCUGGAGAACCGGCUUGACAAGGCCAUGAUCAAGUACAACGAGGCCAUGUCCAUCCGCAAGACCUACGAGCAGAUCAAGCAGCGACUCGAGGAGGAGCGCCUCGGCUUUGACAACCAGCUGGCUGCCAUCGAGCGAACGCUCGAGACCAAGGAACAAGAUCUUGGUGAGCUGAUUAUGAUGCAGCGCGACGCAGUCCACGCCCGCGACGUCGCCAAGUCCGAGCUCGAGCGGUUCGAGUCGAUGAUCGAGGCCGAGCGCGCCGCCAAGGAGCGUGAGAAGCAGGACAAGGUCGAGCUGGUCAAUGCCAAGGAGGAGAAGAUGGCUGCCCUGGAGCGCCGCCAGCGCCAGAUUGAGCUCGAGGCUGCAUCGUCCGACUCGGAGUCAGAGAACGCAGAUCAGGCUGCGGCCGACGCACGCCUGCUCGAAGAGCAGGAGCGCAAGAUUGCUACCUACGAAGAUGCCUUCCGUCAGAUCAAGGAGGCGACCGGCGUCGCUGACGUCAACGAAGUCAUCAAGAAGUUUCUCACACAGGAGGCGACCCACAAGUCGCUGGAGGCGUCCAAGAAGCAGGCCGAGGCCCGACUUGACGAGCUCCGCCACGAGAAAACCAAGCUCGCGUCGCUGUAUGAGGAGCUGCGGUUUGCUGGGACCGGCGAUCGCGGGACUGCCGAGUCGGUUGCUGAGUUUGAGGCCAACCUUGCCGAGUCAACUGCAAAGAUGGAGCGGAACCGGACCAAGUUUAAUCUCAUUGCCGACGCGCUGCUCGAGGCAAAGUCGGGCGUCGGCCAUCUCGCCGACAUGCUCGCCGAGUACAAGUUCCCCACCAUUGCCAAGACGCCACCUAUGGCUGACGACACAGUCGUCGAGACUCUCGCCAUUGCCGAGGCCAAGGUCCUCAAGCUCCUCGAUGCGGUCGAGGAUGGCGAUAUGGUCAUGGAUGCCGACGACGACAUCCGCGCUCUCGAGACCAAGCUCGCCUCGCGCCAAGAGGCCCAGCUCCCGCCCGACAACCUGCGCGUUGCCAUUGCCCUCGACGACGAGUCUGACCUCUCCGAGGCCUCUGACGACGCCGACGCCCGGGAUGAUGUCAUGGACGACGAGUUUGUCCCGACUCGUGAGUCAAUGCGCCGUAUGGCCGACCGCCAUUUUAUGGAGGCCCAGCGCCGUCAGCGCCGCCAGCGCCGCCGCUGACUGUCACCUUAAACCAUACCAUCUCUACUC